AUGCUGAAAGGAUGGGGUGCUGGAGGGGAGCUUGUAGAUGCCGUAGACCCAUCUCUACUAGAAACAGCUGCAUACGUGCUUAUCGGGGCUGGGUCAGUGGUGUUCAUCAUAGCGUUCCUUGGCUGCUUUGGGGCAAUGAAAGAAAUCAGGUGCUUCCUUCUGAUUUACACAAUUAUCAUAUUCCUAAUAUUUGGAGCACAAGUUACAUGUGGCGUUCUUGCUUACCUUUUCCGAGACCAAGUAAAACUAGAAGCAACUACUUUCCUAAACAACACCAUAAUCCAAAAAUAUAAAGGGUUGGAUUUACAAGCAGUUGAAAGUGGGAAUUACUCAAAGGUGGUGGAGAGCAUAGACCCAUACUCUGCUGGAUGGGACUUUUCACAUAUCUUUUUUGACUGCUGUGGAUUGUACAAUCAUACUGACUUCUCGGACUAUGCCACUGUGUGGAACAGUAGUUACACGUUUACUGUCUCCGGCUACAACAUUAACAUAGAGACAAAGGUCCCCGUGUCUUGCUGUAAACUAAAAGACAAGUCCAACUUUCCAGAUAAUCUAGGAACGGAUGGGUUUGUCAACAUAACAGGAUGCCUGUCUGAACCUACUGAAACAAAUACACACAUGACGGGUUGUUAUUCGGCUGUGUUGGACUAUGUGAGUCAGUAUUCAGUCUACUUUAUCGCCGCUGCUGCAACCGUUGCUGCUUUAGAGAUAAUUGGAAUGAUAGCCGCAUGUUGUCUCUGGAGAGAGAUAGGGAAGGAGAAUGAUGAUUAAUGGAAGGAAAACGUUAAUUGUCAGCAUUAUUGUCAACAGACAAUCCCUAGGACUUCAAAAGCCUACAUAACAUGAUCUCAAGCCAGCCCGAAUUUAAUGAGUUAUAAUAGAUCUACCUCUACCCACACAUUCGGGCACUCUAGAAUUCGUAUAAAAAUUGGACACGCUGUUUAGUUAAAUAAAAUGAAUUGCAGCAUAUACUGUAGAUAUAUGUUUCAGUGGUUUUGAUAAAUAAAUAUACUGAAUUCAAAUAUAUUGCCUAGUUAUUGAAUUGAAGAUGAAUGAAAUGUCCCUUGGUGU